CUGCCUUGGCUUAGACCACAAUUUGGCUUCCAUCAUGGCCUCCUCCUCUGAUGGAAAAUCUCUGGAAAUUCCUCCAGAUAUUUUCUAUGAAAUACUCCUCAAAUCUGGAGUGAAAGAUCUCUUUUUCCUGUGGAUUGAUUGCCAUCAAGUCUCAUGCAAUUUUAAAGCAGCAGUCGAACACAUCUUCAUCACUAAGCAUCUAAAAAAGACAUGGAUUCACAUCGAUCCUGGGAAGUGGUACUUGGAAGAGCAUGGCAAAGUAUUCCUUGCUACUGAAUUCCAAAUUUCUCAUCUCAGCUCUGCCAAUCUCUCUCAUGCAAUAUACAAAGACAAAGAAUGCUAUGAAAACUUUCACAAGGAGUUUGCUUGUCAGUUGAAACAAUGUUCCAGAACAGAUCCUCACUUGAAUGUCCAAGGGUGAUUGUUCAAGUCAAGCAUAACACAAAUGACACCAUGCUCCUGGAAUUUCAGCCCAACUUUGACCCAGAGUCAAAAGUGUUCAAAAUCAGCAUUGACUGAAAAUGGAUGUAUAGACAUAUAUCACCUUUAGAUUGAGA